GCUUGAUGACCUGCUGACGGUUUGUGAUGGUAAGUAAGUACUGCGUUGCCGUUGCCUUGAGUAUGAGGCUGAGAUGUGAGUCGGAGCGUCGUUCGACCGUGACAACAUUUUUCAUGGUUCUUGUCCUUGUCGCUUUGUGGACAAGAUCGUUCAUUCUCACUUCUUCGAACCAAAAUGAGAAUUCUUUACCCGCCAGCAUCAGCAAUUGACAACAUCAAAAUAGACAACCCGGACCCACCCGCUUUAUGUUCAAUCUUGCUUACCAUCUAUGUGCUUGUGCCCGCAGCAUAGAGUUAUCCGCCUAAAGUCCUUGAGAAGCUCCCCGACAAACAAAUUUCAACUUUCACUUUUUGGACUUCUUCCACCGCAUUCAUAAAACAAAAACUCCCGCCCGGAAAUAUUAAAGUUAAACGGCAAGAAGCCUUCCUGCGGUGCCAAUAUCUUUUUUCCAAAGACGAGUGUAGAGACGAAGGAUGCUGGUGUUGAGGGGACGAGGGAGAAAAACGUAGUUCCGUGGUUGUAAAGGAAGUGUAAAGAAAUCAUGUUGCCAUAGUACGCCUGCACGGAGUCGCAGCGGAUGAUGAGGACAAGGCCGUCUCGUCGUCCUUCGUUGCAACAAGCGCUGAUGCUGAAAAAGCCCAGCAGCUUUCCUGUGUCAUUUUCAUCAAUAUAAUCUUCCAACUACUUGUCCCUGACGCCCCGCUGCCGCAACCUCUAGAAGUUGCAGGUCCCUCAGCUCCAGCAGCAGUAGCGAGGACGAGAAAACGCGAAGAGGAAAAGAGCUGCGGUAUUGUGGAACUACGCGCACCAGCUCCAACUCCAAGGUUAUUUACCAGCAUCAGAUACACAUCCACUUCCACACACAACUAUGGCGACGGUUGCCUCGUCCUCGAGCAGCUCGUCGUCCUCUACUACCAAGACAGCAAAAUCAGAAAAUGUUGGCAUCAACAAGGUCGUGAGCUUCGAGGAGUUGAAGAAGCACGACCAACCUAAUGACCUGUGGAUCGCCAUCAAUGGCCAGGUCUACGAUCUCACCAAGUUUUCGCAGCUCCACCCGGGUGGCCGGGCUGUCCUCCUGGCCGUGGCGGGAAAAGACGCCUCCAAGCAGUUCUACGCGCUGCACAACAAGGCGAUCUUGGAUAAGUACAAGCGGCUCCGCGUGGGAUCCCUGGAAAAUUUCGCGGCGGAGGACGUAGUUCUAGUGCUUCUUCGAUAUUUUGUGCAUAGGGAGACUUUUAGUUCUAGUCUUGCUCUUGCCUUCUGGGAACCAGAGCUAUUACCUGUGCACUUCGUGAACUACGUGAUGCUGACGACAAGGGACGAGACCCAUACGGACACAGUUAGAAGUUGUACUUGUAGUUAAAAAUAUAUGCACUUUUUCUGCAAUAAAGAAAACUAAACACAAACAGGCAAUCCCCUCAGCGGCAGAGGAGGACGUGGUCAGUGAGGUGCCUUACGCGGAAGCACCUCUAAACCGGGAGGGAUGGGCGGUUUCGCCGUACAUGAACGACAGCCACAAGGAGUUCUACCGUGCGUGCCGCGAAUUCGUAAAGCACGAGUUGCUCGAGGAUGCCGUUGAGGGGGAACUUGCCGACGAAUACCCGACCAAGGAGGUGUACGAAAAAAUGGGCGCGUUUGGCUAUCUCGCCUCCCGGAUCGGAACCGCCGCAAUGCCGGUACAUACAAUUAUUAAUCUUCGUCACCCUUGGUCUUGUUGGAGUUCGACAUUUUGAUUUUCUCAGUUAUUUGUGUAGUUUUUCACCCACAAGAACAAAGGAAUUCCUUCCUUAUCGAAUAACUUUUGGUUUUUUGUCGCAUUUUUUGCCCGAAUGCCCGUGUUUAGCAAAGCUAUUCUGGCGACCCGGGUGAAGUCGUUUCCGUUCAAGGCAACACCGCGGCUAGCACAAUUGGUAGUGCACCCAGUUAAAGUCUGACGAUGGCCGUCCUACCAAGUAGGAGGGGGCGCCUCGUGUAUAGUAGAGCCUUCGGAAUUCGAAGGAGUCCCCCGUGGCUUCAGAAGACCGCUAGCGGCUGGGUGGUGCAGGUUCGAUCCCUGCGCCGCGGAUUUUUUUGCUUUUCGUUGGUUCGUGCCGCCGGGCGUUCUUGCCGCAAAGCUGCCGCAGCAUUCGCGCGGGCGAGUGCGUUUCACUUUUCCAGCUGCUGCUGGGCGCCUAUAAGUACUUCCAAAAGAUAAAGAAAACACGCUCACUAUUACUACCGCGCAUGACUAUCAGCUCGCGAAGGAGUUGGGCAUCAAGUUGCCAGCAAACGUAUCGCCGGACGACUUUGAUGUCUUUCACGAAAUGCUGGCACACGAGGCACUGGGCCGCUUACGCCAGCCGGGUUACGGCGACGGCCUGGGCGCCGGGCUCUGCAUCGGCCUCCCCCCGGUUCUGAUUUUCUCGAAGCCCGACCUGGCGCAAACUGUGGCCUCCGAGUGCCUGCUCGGCCAGAAACGCAUCUGCCUCGCGAUCUCGGAGCCGUCCGCCGGGUCCGACGUCGCCCGCAUUGAGCUGACUGGGAAAAAAUCCGCGUGCGGCGGGUACUACAUCCUCAAUGGCGUGAAAAAAUGGAUCACCAACGGCAUGUUCUCCGACUACUUCGUAUCCACAGUAAAUUUCCCGUACACGUACAAAUGCGGUCGUCUCCGCAUGACAAAACUUGGCUUCGAUCCUAGUUUGCCUGACAAGUUGGACUCUGCAAGGUAGCGAUAGCGAAAUUUGUCAUGCAUUUUGUACAUGUGCGGGAAAUUUGUAUUGCAUACUUCGUCACGGCGGUGCGCACCGGGGGCCCGGGUAUGAAAGGCAUCAGCAUGAUGCUGGUCCCGCGUAACGCCAAACAGCUCGCCAACAACCAGGGCAACGAUGUGACCACCAAGCAGAUUCAAACCAGCUACUCGAAAUGCGCGGGCACGGCACUGGUAAUGUACGACGAUGUGUACGUGCCGGUCGCGAAUCUCAUGGGCAAGGAAAACCAAGGCUUCAAGUGCAUCAUGGCGAACUUUUAUCCACUGGAAAUGAUAAAUAUCACGACAUUCUUGUUCACUACAGGCACACGUAAUAGUAGAAUGCGGUUUCAUCUGCAUGCCAAAAGUUUCCUAUAUUCUUCAAAAAUUCUAUUAUUUACUUUAGCAUGACAAGUGAUAUAUAUCCUCGAAGUACUUAAGCAAAAGCGAAAUUUGCGAUGCAUUUUGCACGUGUUUGGGAUGAACAAGAACAUCUUUCCAUUGGAUAGCUUCAACCACGAGCGGUGGUUCAUCAGUUGCCAGUGUCUUGGCAUCAUGCGGCAGCUGGUCCAGGAAACUUUCCAGUGGGCGAUGCAGCGCGAGGUCUUCGGCAAAAUUCUCGCGGAGGAACCCGUGAUCCGGCAGAAGCUCGCCAAAAUGAUUGCGGCGGUUAUGGAUUGCAAAAGUGUCUGGGUCUGGAAGUUUGGAACUUGUGACGCUAACUUUGGACUCUAAAAAAUUCUGUAUUGCAUGACCAGCAAGUAGAGGAGUCCGGUUUAUGCUACGCGUGGAGGGCAUUUGUCAUGCGGAAUCGGCAUCAGGAAGGCCUCUAGAAAUGUGUGAUGCUAGGGCUUUCAUGACAGACAUUCUGUGUCAUGCAAAAACAGCAUAAGAAAUUUCGGACUCUUCCAGACCCAGACAUUUUUACAUUUGAUAGCGGUGGAGGCGGUGCAAAGUAACCUCGAACAGAUCACCUACCAGAUGCACAAAAUGGACUACUUAUGAGAGUGCACAACACCCCCUGCUCCCCCUCAUUUGUCAUGCAAAACUGCAAAGCCAUUUGCUAUUGCUGCCCUGCCCCUGUGGCGCUGUUUGCAUGACAAAUUUCAAGAAGUCAGUACUACCAUCGGCCCGUGAACUUGUGAAGCACAGGCUCCAGAUGUGCAGGCAUUUGUAUUGCUGCUCAUGCCACACAAAUGAGGGGGAGGGGGAGUUGCGCACUCUCAUACUACUUCACCCAGGUCGCGAAGCUCGCGGGCCCGAUCUCUUUUCUGAAGUACAACACCACGCGCACGAUGACCAUGCUGGCAGACGAAGCGUGCCAGGUGUUCGGCGGCCGGGCGAUCACAAAGACCGGCCUGGGCGACGGCUGCGAAAAAUUCAACCGGACCUACAAGUUCGCCUCCAUAUUGGGCGGCAGCGAAGAGAUUAUGGCCGACUUAGGAGUCAGGAUGGCCAUGCGCGACUUCCCGGCGAAAGCACGGCUUUGAUGAACUCAGAGAUUGAUACUUCUGCACGACUACUUCGUGUCUAUCCUUAUGCUGUACUAGUAGUAGCUGUCUAAAAAUUGUAAACAAAAUAAUGUGCAUAAAACAAAAACGAACAGCCUCUAAAUUGUGGCUAAGUUCUAGUGGUAAGGAGUCAGUGGAGCAACUGGUGCUAAAAGAAUCGGCUCGACCACUUUUGAUUGCGAAAAAAUCUUUUUAUCAUGAUGCAAAAAAGGUAAACCUUGCGAGUCUCUGGCUCAAGUCCCAGUGCAACUCCAAGCUAUGAGUGAAUUAUCGCUCAUGUUGCUGGCUCUAGAGUUGUAGUUGCAAUUAAUGUGAACCGAGAGGAAUGCAUAUGCAACUCGCAUCUACUUGUCGCUGUAAGCUAUUCUGUUUCUGCUAAGGGCCUGGCAACAAAAAGUCUACGACGACAAGGUCGCGUAGUUCUACUUUUAGCGCAAUGCCUGACCACAGGUAUACAAUUGCUGCCUAUCCUUUCCUCGACAGACAGAUUUAUUCCGCGAUCUGCGAUAAUUGCAGUGCUUGUAAAGAAAGCGAGGCCACACCCACACCUAAUGAGAAUUUGAAGAUAUUACAGAACGACUCCAGGGAAUCAAACAUAUGUGAUUUCCUUUGACUAGUUGAAGAAGAAGAAUUUCGAGUCGGCGAUUUCUACUCCAGAACUAUAGCCUGCCCGGUUGCUCGGCAUCAGAUAUGAUCUCGUCUAGCGCACUCAUUUUACAUCUUCCGACGUAGAUACUAAGUAGCUGAUUGGAUUGUUGUCGCCCUCGCGACCAUUCCAGCUGGGUCUCCUGCUUACGAAAAACAGCUACGAAGCAGCUGUCCCGUUGUGUAUUGAAAAGAAGAUGACCGCGAAACUAGACAUAAAGCGAGAAGUAGAACAUUCUAAUAUCAAGAUUAACGACCUUGCCGGUCACCAACAUGACUCACCCGUACUUUCUGCUCGUGCGCCAGAAGUCGUACACCUGUAACUGACGGUGUGCUACUGGGCGGACAAUUACGGGGAAGGAACAUGAAACCGCUAUCGUGCGCAUGAAUGAAAUGAUUUUAUUAGUUUACAGGACAUUGAAUAUUUGCUUUUGCACCUAAAUCGCUAUAUAGAAGUCCAACUAUGUAUAGUAGCUCACGAUACCAUUGUGGAUGAGUAGUAGACGCAAAAAAAUCCGGGUAGGUUCCGUAAUCCGUCACCAAGCGGUAAGGGCCUAUUGCGAGGCUGGGCCUGAUUUUUUGUAUCUCAGACAGAAGUUGGACUCAAGAAUUGUUUUUUUCGCGAAAACAUGAAAAAAUCAACGAAAAGACUAAAGCUAAAGUGAAGUGGCUUUUUGCUCUUGCUGUAAAGUCUUCCGGUGUAAAGUCUUUACAAGAGAAUCCCGGAAGCGUUAGAACGAGGACAGAACCACGACAAGCAUCUCUACGAAGAACUGUAUGGCGUUUCCUCCUGUUUAUCGAUUUCAGUACACUUAUCGAUGCUCAUGCUUUAUGACCAAACAUUUCAAAGCGAGCAAGUCCAAGUACACGAAAUUCGACAACUAGGACAAACACUAGUACUAGCACACAAAUCGGCUAAAGCUGCUCCUCUAUCACGCUCUACGCUCGGGAGAGGAGAUAGAGGACGCAGUUUUGUCCGAUGACUGCCGUUGAUCAUAUAAUUAUCAGCAUGCUUUUCUUCGUUGAUAUGUAGUAUGAUCGAGAAUACGGAUUCCAGGAAACUAUCAACAAUUUUAUCUCACGAAUAGGAGCCGUAAGCCAGCAAUCAGAAAUACUGGCUGCAUCUUGUGACCGAAAAACAAAAUCGGAACAAGGAGGAGCGCAACAAAAAAUAUAAAAUAGAAAGACCACAUUAAUGCUAUCACAUACCUAUGAUCAUGCCUCCAGUGCGUAUAGCGCGGAGUGAUAUUUUUAAUUUACAAGUUUGUUUAAGAGGACUUCUCUAUACCAAUCUGUAUAUAUACCUGCUUUGAGCAAUCUUUUCUCCGUAUCAUGAUUCGGCGGCGAAUUAUGGGUGCCACUACAUCUAUUGCCUGGAAGAUGCACAAGAUGCGCAACAAGACGUGCUCCUGUGUCAUCACCCCGAUCGGGGACGAGAAGCGAAGAUGGAGCAAUAUAGAAAUAGCAAACACACGAAUUUACUGUAAUUAUCUUCAGAAAAUGAAAGCUGAUUCUCCUGUUUUAUAUGAUUCUUAGCUGCGGGGAGUACUAGAAGUGUGCUCGACGAACAGAAUCUGAUACUUCGAUCUAAGUUGACUGUGAGGAGGCGAUUCGCUGUCAGUUGUCAGAGCAGUGCGAGGCAACCGUAUUUGGGACUGGUUCGGAUAUCGAUAAACGAAAGCCUGGUUUUGGUAUCUAUGACAAAGAAGCAAUCUAUGGGUAGAAGCAUCACACUUGCCCACAAAAACGAAUCCUGUUCCUG